ACAUAUGGACACAGAUUCCAGGAGGUAGACUGGCCGAGGUAUUUGGCGCGAGGCGGGUGUUCGGAGGCGCUCUCACGUGCGCUUCCAUCGUGUCUUUUUUCAUCCCCCUGGCGGCCAAGUCGGGAUCGGUGACCCUCAUCGUUGUCAGGGUCAUUCUGGGGUUAUCCGAGGGCGCCACCUUCCCCUCCACCCACGCGCUGCUGGCCACGUGGGCGCCUCCCUCGAACGGUCCACAUGUCAACCAUCAUCUACGCCGGCUCCCAAGCGGGUACCAUCAUCGCCUUCCCUCUAGCAGCCGCCAUCAUCGACUCCCUGGGAUGGGAAGCUGUUUUCUACAUCCAAGCCGGUUUGACCCUGGCUUGGUGUCUGGCUUGGUUCCUGGUCGUGUCCGAUAACCCUUCGACAGACAAGCGAAUCAC